AUGGCACCGCCAUCAAAGUUUCCUGCUGUAAUGGCACAACCACGCAUACUAGAAGGCCCUCCUGAUAUUUCUCUAGCCGACUUUCAACAAUUCAAAGGCUCUAGAAAGAGUCAAGCUUUAGCUGAAAUGGCUCAUUCUCGCGCUGUUGUCGCCCUUGCUGCUUGCUCCCGCUGCAUGAAAGGCACAGUAAAGCAUGAGUUUGCUUGCUGCACUAUAAACACUACUGCCCACCCUGAUGGCCGCUGCACCAACUGUGCCCACUUUACGGGUACAGGGUCGUGCUCUUUCCUUGGCGCUGCUGGUUCUGGUGUCGCUGCUGGUCGUCCUCCUCCUGCUGCACCCCGUCUUGUCAUCUCUGCACCCCGCCCUGUUGGUGCUGCUGCACCCCGCCUUGUUGUCUCUGCGCCCCGCCUCAUCGUUUCUGCGCCCCGCCUCGUCGUUGUCAUACUGACAUUCGUUGCACUCAUCGUCUCUGCGUCCCGCCCUGUUGGUGCUGCCUCACCAGCAUGGGGCCCAGCGAGUUUAGAAGCGAAAGAUGGGGGAAAUGAGGGAGAUGAGGGGGAUGAGGGGGAUUGGGGGGAGAAGGAGGUAGAGAUGGUUGGAGCUAGUGGUGAGAGACAGGCAGUUUUGGGUCUUACUUACCGUGAGGCUGAGGAUGAGUGGCUUCAGGCUGGGUGUCGCCGCCUCUUUGCUCGGGAGAUUGCCCUAAUCCUUCGGAUUAGGCGUGAUAUUCUUGGCACUGACGCUGGCUCAUUAGAUGCCUUGGCUGAGGCCCUUCAGAGUUAUGAGAGAGAGUCCCAUGUUGGGGAUCCUGACCUCCUCAAACCCAUCCUUCCUAAUGGGGAUGAUGAUUUAUUCAUCAUUCCUCAGAGGUCGGCUCCUCGUGCUUGUCAGAGUGUAGAGGAGGUAGAGGAGGAUCAGAGGUUGUUACGUAGAAGAAGUUUAUAG